GUACUCAUUUAAAAGAAGCUGAGAAGCACUGCUUUAACUAUUUAAUAAAAUAUUCCUGGGUGUGACAUUUAUCAAAAAAUGAAAAUCGCCAGCUUAUUAUUUUUCAGUCUUAUUCCUUACACUGCUAGCUGUUCUUAUCAUUCAACAAAUGUUGGUUCUCAUGGAAAUACAGCUGAUAAUGAAAUGAACUCACAACAUGAGAUGUGCAAACAGCUUAUGAUUUCCAAUCAACACUUCGCCAUUUAUUUAUACAAACACGUUGCAUCUCAGUCAACUGAAACUUUCAAGAACAUUAUCAUCUCACCAUUUGCAAUUGGUACAUCCUUUGCUAUGUUAUCGCUUGGUACUAGAUCUUCUACUAAAGACCAGAUACAGAGAGUACUGGGAUUUGAAGACACCAUGCUAUCAGAGUAUGACGUACAUCACUGCUUUACUAGACUCCUACAAAUAAUUAAGAGUAAUGAAGAGGAAGUAUACGUGGGCAUGGAAACUGCAGUAUUCCUGCAAAGUGGUAUUUCAUUCCUUCCAAACUUCUUGAACGACAUUAGACAUUAUUAUAACACACAUGCAGUUUAUGUUGAUUUUUCAAACACAUACCAUGCUAAAAACCAAAUCAAUAACUUUAUAAGACAAGAAAGUCUGGGGAAAAUGGUUGAUGUGGUCCAGGAGAUUAAUCAGCAUACAAUGUUACUUCUUAUUAACUACAUUUCUUUUAAAGCUAAGUGGAUGGAACCCUUUGUUUCUACUGCUAACGAAGAUAGGCAUUUCUUUGUGAGUGAGCACACCGCUGUUAAGGUGCCACUGAUGCAAAGGGCAGGUGAAAUUAGUACAUUCUAUGAUGAUAUACUGGCUGCUGUUGUCGUCAAACUUCCUUACUACAAGGGCUUUUCUGUGUUGCUCAUUCUGCCCAACAAAUGGGAUAUAAAGACAGUAGAGGAUGCAUUAUCCCAAAGCACGCUGGCCAAUUGGAAGCAACAGCUGACUCUCAGGUAUGUAGCAUUGCAGCUACCAAAAUUUUCACUUUCUGCCUCCUAUGAAAUGAAGGAUGUUCUAGAAAGAAUGGGCAUGACUGAUCUGUUUAGUAAUGAGGCAGAUUUUUCUGGAAUUGGUAGUGAUCCAAAUCUGCAGAUAUCCAAGAUACUUCAUGCAGCAGCUCUGGAAGUUAAUGAACAAGGCACAGAGGCUCAAGCUUCUACUACUGUAGAAAUUGAAGAUUUAGCUCUGCCACAAAGCAUUGUCUUUAACAGACCUUUUCUUCUUGUAAUCUACAAACAUGACACAGAAACAAUACUGUUCAUGGGAAAAGUAAUGAAUCCAGCUGAAUAUUAAUUACUAAGUAAUGUAUCCAGCAUACAUAGUCCAAAUUGCAGUAAUCUAAUAUAAUUAAACCUGAUCAAAUAAAAUGAAAUCUUGUUUCAGAACAACAGAUGCAUAUCAUUUAUUUGCACAUUUGAUACAGGGAUUCUGACUUUAUGCCCCACAUGUAACGUAAUGUAACAAACAUCUUAUUUAGAAUUCAGUUAAAUAGUUAAACUUUAGUGGCUGAUCUCAGAAAACAAGAAAGCUUCAAGUCAAGCCUGUUAACAUUUUAGGAAAAAAAGCAUUCAACAAUUAAGGUAUAAUAUCUUCAUGUAGCUUAAUACACUGUGUGGGUUGAAUGCUGGCUAAAUUCAUGUUUCUGUUUGUGUUAGACACUUUGGCUUGAACCUCUGAUAUACAAAGGUAAGCCUUUUAAAUAAACACCAGGGUCCUUUGUUGCACAUCUUGGUCCAUAUGUUGCAUAUUUUUUUUCACUAUUUUUUUCCAUACGUGUCCUGGAAACAUAUAUCUUGUACUGAUUGUUCGUUCUGGAUACCAAUAAAUAAUACGUUUUGCCUUGA